CUGUCACUUGUCUGAUCUCACAGUCACUCAAAUCAAAACUUUAUAAACAUGAAUCAUUUUGUUUUGUCGUAAAAAUUAAAACUUUGUUUUCUCACGUAUUUCUAAAUGCCUCGAAAUACAGUUUUGUGUAGAGUAUGUCUGGUUACGGACUUGCCUAUGUUAACCAUAGCCGACACCCCUUUGCAGGAUGUUUAUGAAAAAAUCACUAACACUCCAGUAAGCAAAUUAAACACUCUUGAUUUGAGACCAGUACUUGUUUGCAAUAUGUGCUGUGCUCUGCUAAAAAAGUGUCACAAAUUAAUGCUGACAUCUGCAAAAGCCGAUAAUAUGCUGGCUCGAAUAUUGGAGAGACAUCCAAAUGCUUCUAAAAGUUCAAAGAAACUACUCACGCUAGUCAAACGCAAGACUAAAGGCCUCUGUGACCUGUUGAGCAUUACUCCAAUUGACUAUGUAGAUACCUCCUCAUACAAUACACCUAUUAUGGUGAAGACCGAAUUUGAUAACCUGGAAAAUAUGGUUAAGUGUGAGCCUGAGGAGUUAGAAGACAUUGUAAAGCAGGAAAUAGAGUUUGAAAAAUUUGAUGACAUUACAUCUGAGCCAGAAAACAAACCUGACGAAUGCAAGUUGGAUUUACAAAAUGAUGAGGUAAUGAGAAGCAUCCAAAUAGAACAUGAAUGUUUGAGUUAUAAAGUUAAUAUGAAGACAGUAGACGACCACAACUGGCAUGAAAAUUUACCAGAUAAUGAAACUGAAGAGUUAUUGCUCAUUGACAGAAAGUUGGGACAAAAAACAAGAAAACUCAGUGUUCAGGAACAUUCUGAUACUGUUGAUUCCAUCUCUUUCCCAUCAACAAAAGAAGUAAAGAAAAUUGAUAUCAAUAAAAGGUACUUCGAGUGUAACGAAUGUCAGCGUCGUUUCAGCCGAAAAUGCCACUUGGAAACGCACAUGUUUGUACAUUAUGGAGGUCGCGAGAAACUCGCAACCGAAUGCUAUAUCUGCCACAAACGUUUAUGCUCCAAAGCAAGCUUCGGCCGCCACAUGAGGACUCACACAGGUGAGAAACCGUACGCCUGCACAUUUUGCUCAAGUCGAUUCAAAGAUAGCGGAGUUUUAAAAAAUCAUCUACGCACACACACUGGGGAGAAACCUUAUAAAUGCGACGUUUGUGAACGCGCCUUUAAACAGCUGAACGAUUUGAGACGACACGCGAGAAUUCAUACCGGUGAGAAACCAUAUAAAUGUGAUAUUUGCCAGAGAAGGUUUAAUGAGAAAAGUAAAGUGACGCGACAUGCUAAAAGGCAUUACGGUGAGAAACUCACGAAACGCGAUUGGUUGAAACUUCACAAACAUUAAUUUUAUUAGCUACAUUUUUGAAUAAAAUUAAAGAAUGGCGUCUCGUAGACUCAAGUUUUAAUGAAGUGAAUAAAAUAGUUAAAGUUAGAAUCAUGACAUAUUCUAUUUUAAGAUGAUUUUUAUAAGAAAUUUUAUAUAAAAAGUUAUUUGUAACUUGCUUUAAGCUUAUUUUGACUAUUUCAAUAUACAGAAGUA